ACGUUGUUCGCAGUUGGACGCGCAAUAAAUGCACCACGAGAAACGCAGCACCAAAGUGAGAGCAAAGUGUUUUAACAAGUUUUUUUUUGUCUGCACCGUUCUGCUGCCUUUUGCUUGUUAGGGAGUUUUGUUUUUGCAAAAGGAAGGAAUUUUUACGGGAUAAAGAAAAAAGUUGAACAAUUUGUUGAAGCUUAGCUUAAUUCGGAGCGUAUCGAGUGACUCCGGGGCGGGCGUGUGGUGUUGGACAGUUGGUUUCUGACAAAAAAUCGCGAAUUUGCUUUUCAACCAAGAGGAGGGCCUCUUUGGGUUUAUUGGUGCAGUUCAUUCGUAUAGGGUGGUGGAACAGAAAACGGCCUCACCCUGGUCAGGAUUCCCUGUGUUUUGACAGGACACGAAGUAAACAGUCAGAUUUGCUAGCUCUGCGUUGAUGUAUUGGUGGUAAGGCUCCUGUUUUGUUGCUUUGCUUCAAGAAGGGAAGUGAGCGAGCAGGUCGAAUAAACGAUAGACACAAGAGACAAAAAGUCACACAUCCGGUCCCGAUUAUUUGUUGGGUUGGCUAAUCAUCGAAAAAGUGCGGUGGUAAACGGUUUUUUUUUUGAACAGCACAAAAAACUUAUCAGUUUAACUCAGUUGAACGGAAAACCCAGAUAAGAUUGCUUAGCGUGCAGUUUUCGCUCUUGUUAGAUAAAGGUGUGAAUUUUGCAGUUUUACGAGCAACAGUCUGCUGCCCGUCGCUCGGAUAGAGUUUUGUGUGGAUGAUUGCACGAAUACAACGAUUGCCGAGCUUAGAAGUAGCAAAUAAACAGCUCAAGAAAACGUAAAGAAAAGUAUACACACAAACACUCGUUAGGAGUUUGGAGCGUUUGGAGCUUGAAGGAGGCUGCAGCUGGAGUGAGAUACUGUGGUGUUGGUGUUAGACAAACUAGUGCCUCAAAGCAGCAGUUUUACAACUCAUCGGCGAUCAUCCUGGAGUGUUUUCUUCUUUGUGACUGCAAUCUGCACUCGAAACUGCACAAUAGAGUUGUCAAUUUGUAAACAGUCGAGCUCAGUUUGAUUCGUGUAGUGUGUAAACUCCCAUAAAAGAUCCAUCAAGAUCGCAAGACCCUAAAAAGUUCGUUACAAAUUACGUAGUCGUUGAUUGGUGAAUUGGGGGAAAAAGUUGUCGUUUUCGGUGUUAUCUGUGGCUCUUGGGAAGUCAGUGAAGGUGUGCAAAACGGGCGAAAGGAAACGACUUGGUCGUACAUUUAUUUCCCUCUGAUGUAGCUUCUGUUCAAUGUUUCCACCUAUAGUGUAUGUGUGUUUACAUUGGAGCUCACCUUGGAAAUUAACAUAAGUCUCUAUUUAGCUCGCUGAAAACGCGGUGUGGAAUUGUGCUUUCUGCUGUAAGUGGCUUUGCUGUUACUGUGCUACUGGAAUAGGGUUCGCGUGAAUUUAGUGAGAGAAGAAAAUAUAAGAAAAAAAGGUUUCCGUCUGCCUCUAGACAGUGCAGCCCAAGAAAAAAAAAUCAAGUGUCCUCGAUUGAUUUGUAUUUUUGAAAAAAAGAUCACCCUUCUUGAUCCAGGUCGAUCAACAAUUUGGUGGUUCGACUAUUGAUUUAGCUUUUCGUUGAGCAAACACAGAAUCAACCAACAGCAAAAAAUAAGGAAAUAUGAUUCUACCGGACGGUUUUCGACACAUCGGAGACGGAUGGCUGGACGUCGAUGAAACCAGAUUGCAGCAGCUGCGGGUUCAGCAGGAUCUGGCGGAGAUCUACGACAUCGAGGAAAGCUGGUUUGCAAAAGGAAAAUACGGCAUCGUACGGCGAGCGGUCGACAAGAAAACCGGCGUCAACUAUGCGGCCAAGUUCCUGCGGCGACGUCGCCGCGGCCAGUGCUGCGCCAAGGAGAUCAACCACGAAAUCGCGGUUCUGAUGCUGUGCGCACACUCCCGACACAUCGUCCGGCUCCACGCCGUUCACGAAACGCGCCAGGAAACCGCUCUCAUACUGGAACUCGCUACUGGAGGCGAACUCCAGACCAUGAUCGAUAGCAAAGGGCAGCUGACGGAGGCACAGGCGCGCACCUGUAUGCGGGAAAUUCUACGGGCCCUUCACCACCUGCACAAACAGUCAAUCGCACAUCUGGACCUCAAACCUCAGAACAUCCUGCUGGUAGGAAACGAUGUUGAAGAUGGCCUCAAACUGUGCGACUUUGGUAUCGCCCGUAUCGUGGACCAUACGGGCAAGAUAUACGAGAUUUUGGGGACUCCGGACUACGUGGCGCCGGAAGUGCUACACUACGAACCGCUCUCGCUACAGACCGACAUCUGGUCCAUUGGGGUGCUAACCUAUGUGCUGCUGACCGGGUGUUCGCCCUUCGGUGGAGACAACAAGCAGGAGACGUUCCUCAACAUUACCAAAUGUUUGCUCACCUUCCCGGAGGAUCUGUUCGAGGAUGUGUCUCCGGAGGCGAUCGAUUUCAUUCGGAGUGUGUUGCACAUUAAGCCCAAGGAACGUCCAACCGUGCAGGAGUGCCUGGAGCACCGAUGGCUCAGCGAGGACGAAGUGAUCUGCCAUGCUAGUGAAGAGCUAGCCGCCAGCGUGACCGCCGAUCUAGAAAAAGCCACUGGAGCAGCAGAAGCAGAAAGCACCAACCAAAUCAACAGCGAAGAUCAACAGCAAAGCAGCCAAGAAGAGUGCGACCAGGAAGAACAGGAACAACGAUCGCUGUCGUCGUCAACUUCGUCCCUGUCGGAGGUGGACGUUGAAGAAGGCGUGGUGGUGACUCCAGAGGUGGUUAAACAAAGCAAUGGCCAUAGCGAGGAUGUGGAAGAGUCGGCGGAGUGUGUGAGAUCGUCGUCCCGGAUCGAAGAGCUAGACGAGGCGGAAUCCAACAAGGAAAACGUCCUAUCAGUACAAAGUGCCGCCAAUUUUCGCCAGGCUCCGGUUCAACCGGCCAGUGUAGUGGAGAUCGUUAGCGUAUCGCUCUUCCCGGACGCACCAACCACACCUAAGGUCAGCCGAAAGACUUCGCCAUCCUCCGGACCGCAGCAAAAUGGCCCAACUACGGGAUCGGCGACGACGACCAAUUCUGUCAAGGCCUACGUUCAGAAGCUUCAGCAGCAGCAUUUGCAAAGCCACAAUCACAAUAGUCACCACCAUCAUCAACAUCACCACCACCACCACCAUCAUAAUCAUAAUAAUAACCUCCAGCAGCAGGACGUUCUACUGCCGAACUCGAUGGAAAGUGGAUUUCGUUCGGCGGCAGCGACCCUCUGCUGUCUGAAGUGCAGCGAAGAAACCGGCCCGGCCGGGGCAGCUGCGGCCGGAUUGGCGGCUGCCGUAGCCAGUGUUGCCAGCCGGAAGACACUCCAGUGCGGAGACAAGGGAAUCAUUUGCUGAGAACCGGCUCCCAGCGGAAGGCCUCAACUAGUUGCCCCUAGCUAGUGAUACCUUCCGGUUGACAACAACUAUCCUACUACACAAUAUAUACUACUACCAACAACGCUACGAUAGCAAGGAGGGAGUUCUCUUAUUGGGGGAACCCUUGCCCUUGUCGUUUGUAGACUGCGCUUGAUGCGUGGUAUUUCUUCAGUUUUUAAUUUAUAAUUUUAUAAGUACAUACGCGCAAAAAGUGCUUCUCAGGCAGUACUUAAUUCUACCUACUAUUGGUUCGAAAGCACUCAGCAGCGCGGUCGAGAUAAUCCUUAUUUAUUAGAAUCGAGAAAAGAGCCAAGCACACACAAUGGAUAAGAAAUUGUUUGCGCGAAAACAUUGAAUGAUCGUUGAAAAAGUCGAAUGUAAAGUGAGUGGUUAUUUGGAUUGUUCUGAGCGGAUGAGUUUAAUUUCCCUAGCCAUGUAAGCCAUAGUUAGAUAACGCUUUAGGAGGUAUCCAUUUUCUUUGAUUAAUCCUUUUUCGGAGACGCCCCGCUCAUUGAAUUUGAUUAUCAGUGAAAGCCGGGGAAUUGUAAAAAGAAACCAAUCGAACGGACAGGACAAGAUGAUAACACUAUUCGGAAUAGUUAAAUUUUCAGUAGCUAGAAAGAAAGCUGAAACAUGCGUUAUAAUAUGUUUAUUAUAAAUGAAUUUGUUAUAUGAAUAAAUUUUUCUUUACUAUUUUCGUAAUCGUGAAAGCAUUUCAUGUUUCAAAUUUUACCUGUAAUGAGAAGACAAAUUUAGACUUUUUCGAGUUUCUCUGUUUGUCUUUUAUUUAUUUUUAAAUUUGGUUGAAAAAUUUUCAAAAUUGGAUUUUAUCAUUAGUUAGAAAGAAAUAUGUUUGAUUUCCUCAAUUUAGAGUCAAUCAAAAUAGCGGUUGAAUUGCAAAAGAAAUAGUAGAUAUCAAAUCGAUUGGAAAUUGAUUCUGAGCUUAUAAGUCGGUAACAAAAUAUAAUAUCAAUCGUAGAUAUGCCAAAUUCUCUAGUGCCCGUAGACUUACUCGCUGAGUAAGUUGAUCAGAAUAAUCGAAUCUUUACGAGUUAUUACAACGAAAUCCCACAACCCAAAUAUUGUGGGGAAGCGUGUUCAACGAAUUAGCCAAAAUACAGUGUAUUUUCAAAAAAAAAGCAAAUAAAACCAGGUUUUCAAGCAGCGAAUGGAACUGUGCGCUGUAUAAUUUUGCCUUAGCUUAUUGUAUUGGAAGACAGAGAAUUGAAAAUGAACGAAAAUUAUCUAACUAAUGUUGUGAGUUGUAGACUGGAUUGAAAUUCAAAAACAAAACAAAAAUAUAA